UCUUUUGUGAUGUGGAAGGGUCUUAUCUACAUUUAUACGUUUAUUGUGUACUGUGGAGUGACGUAGGGACUUCCCCCAAAUACUUUAUGCAGUUCUCCGCACUUAUACAUCACGUUAAUCACGUUAGUUUUGCGUUUCACACGCAAAGAAUCAGUACUCAAUAUUAGUAUCGUUCCAACAAAAAAAAUGGCAUCUUUUAAAAAUGUUGUAUUGGGAGAAAUGCCUGAUGGUGAUCUUGGAUUUGACACUCAAUUGAUCGAACUAUCGGCAAAUUCCUUAGAGUACAAACUAGUAUUAAAACAUCUUAGCAGCACUAUGCAAAGCAGUAUUUCGAAAAUACAAAAGAUUCACUGUCCAUCACUUUACGGAUGGUAUAUGAUUAAAAAGGCUGAGUACGAGAGUCGAGGUUAUGAAGAUUGCGAAAAAACGUUGGUUCAUGUAACUGGAGCUAGCAAUAUUUCCUCGAUAUUGCGUUCCAAUUUAAAUUGGCGCAGAGUUAGUCGUCAUAAGUUUGGAAAAGGUAUCAGCUUCGCGGAUGAUGCAGCUUACGCCAAUCAAUAUGCCGCUAUGUCAAUUGGUUUAGAUCGUGCUAUAAUAAUAGCAGAUGUUUUGAUUGGAAAUUGUUAUCUUGGGAAUUCUUGGACCGAUUUACCGCCAGAUGGAUAUGACACAACCACCGGAAAUCGACAUGUUUUCGUCAAAUUUUACGAUGACGAAUUUUUACCAAAAUAUGUUGUGUAUUAUACCUCACCUCCUAUAGUUAUAAGGAGGAGAUUUAAUCGUUUUCGUUUUUAAAACCUCUGAUUGUUAUAACCUAUCAUUUGUAGUGAACACUUUGUAGUAACAAAUAAAUAAUUUAUUUAUUUAAUUUGCCCAAAAAGAAAUAUACAUAUAAAGUAUA